GAGCCGGCUGGAAGGGCAGGCAGGAUGAGCGAGAGGCUCGUGGCCCGGAAGCUCAGGAGGAGGAAGCCCCAGCGCUUCUCCCACGUCUCUAGCGGCGGUGGCACAGGCGAGGAGCCCCUCGGACAACCCAAGAAGAAGCGGCGGAGUUCCUCUGUGGAGACCCCCGAAGACCAGAAGGCCCGAGGAAGCUCUACCUCGAUCCAGAUCUUCCCUCCAGAGCUGCUGUACUACAUCACCUCCUUUCUGCCGGUGAGGGACGUGGUGGCCCUGGGCCAGACCUGCCGGUACUUCCGCGAAGUCUGCGACAGCGAGGGGGUCUGGCAGCGCCUCUGCCUCCGCCUUUCGCCCCGGCUGCGGGAAGAGGCCUCGGGGGGCCGGCGGCCCUGGAAGAGAGCGGCCAUCCUCAACUACACCAAGGGCUUGUACUUCCAGAUGUUCAGCGGCCGGCGGCACUUCGUUAGCAAGACGGUGGCCCCGCUGCUCUCCCACGGCUACCAGAAGUUCCUGCCCACCAAGGACCACGUCUUCAUCCUGGACUACAACGGCACCCUCUUCUUCCUCAAGAACGCCCUGGUCUCCUCCAACAUAGGGCACGUCCAGUGGCGCCGGGCCUGCCGCUACAUGGUGCUCUGCCGCAGCGCCAAAGACUUUGCCACAGACCCUCGGAGCGACACGGUCUACCGCAAGUACCUGUAUGUGCUGGCCACCCGGGAGCAGCCGGCCCCCUCUUCAGCUCCGGCCCCAGCUUCGGCCCCCUCCAGCUGCAGCCAGGGCCCCGGCACAGCCCCCCGGGGCCGCCUCUGUGACUGCGUGGAGGUCUACCUGCAAUCCAGCGGGCAGCGGGUCUUCAAGAUGACCUUCCACUUCUCCAUGAGGUUCAAGCAGAUUGUGCUGGUGGGGCAGGAGACGCAGAGGACCCUCUUGCUCCUGACAGAGGAAGGGAAGAUCUACAGCCUGGUGGUGAACGAGACACAGCUGGAUCAGCCGCGCUCCUACACGGUGCAGCUGGCCCUGCGCAAGGUCUCCAAGUGCCUGCCCCACAUCGCCGUCCGCAGCAUGCACUCCAACCAGAGCAGCGCCGUCUACCUGACAGAAGAGGGCACUGUCUACUUUGAGGUCCACUCGCCCAGCGUUUACUGCGACCUGUUUGGGACAAUGCAUGCCUUCGACCCCCUGGAUCAGCAGAUGCCCCUGGCCCUCUCUCUCCCGGCCAAGGUGCUCCGCUGCGCCCUCGGCUACAACCACCUGGGGCUGGUGGACGAGUUUGGCCGGAUCUUCAUGCAAGGCAACAACCGCUAUGGCCAGCUGGGCACCGGGGACAAGAUAGACCGUGGGGAGCCAACCCAGGUGCACUACCUCAAGUGCCCGGUGGACCUGUGGUGCGGCCUCAACCACACGCUGGUGCUGAGCCAAAGCGCAGACUUCAGCAAGGACCUCCUGGGCUGCGGCUGUGGGGCCGGGGGGCGCCUCCCCGGGUGGCCCAAGGGCAGCGCCUCCUUCGUCCGGCUGCAGAUCAAGGUGCCCCCUUGCGCUCGGCGCAUCUGCUCCACCCGCGAGUGUCUCUACAUGCUGUCCAGCCACGACGUGGAGGAGGCCCCCGCCUUCCGGGAGCUCCCGGCCAGCAAAGCCGGACAACCGCCCAGCGACACGGAGGCGCAGGCGGCCCGUUCGUGCGAGGAGUACCUGAGCCAGCUGCACAAGUGCUCCACGCUGGAGGGGCGCAUGGCCAAGAUGAAGGAGGCCGUGGGCAGCAUGCCCCUCAUGACCUUCCAGAAGGACUUCUUCUGGGAGGCCCUGGACAUGAUCCAGCGGGCGGCGGAGCUCCGGGAAGCCCCGAUCUCCAGAUAGACUUGCGGGACUCACCCCCACCCCCCUUUUGCCCCUUUUUGCCCCUGAUUCCUUCCUCCUCCCCCCAACCCACAACCCACGCCACUUCCCCUGCAUAUACUGAACACACACACAUCAUGGAUCGUGAUUAACCAAUAGAGAAGACUUCGCCCUGAACAAUUGGGAGUAAAUAAACCACACGCAAAGAC